UCAGUCACGUCUAUAAGUUGUAAAGAUCACCCUCUCUUCAAGAGCACCAACGCUAGCCAAGAGCUCCAAACUCUACCCGGGAAGAAGAGAAGAGAACUCAUCAAGCUCUUCUGGAAAUUAAUAUUUCCUUUUGUCGACACCAUCUCUUGAUCUUCAUCGUCGUCGUUGUCGUCGUCCGAGAGAGAGAGAGAGAGAGAGAGAGAGAGAGAGAAUGGAAAGACCCUUCAAAGAGCGGACCUUGCAGAAGACGUCGACGUGGAGUGUGGCGGUCGUGUGCGUCGUCUUGCUCGCCAUCUCCAUCUUCAUCGAACAUAUCAUUCACCUCUUGGGCAAGUGGCUGAAGAAUAGACGCAAGCCAGCACUUUUUGAAGCCCUUGAAGUGGUUAAAAAUGAGCUCAUGCUUCUGGGGUUCAUAUCCUUGCUCCUCACUGUGUUUCAAGAACACAUUGCGGGCAUCUGCAUUUCGGAAAAUAUCGCAUACACGUGGCUUCCUUGUAGCGAGGAGGAGCUGAGCAAGAUUUAUCCUAACGGAAGGAGACUCCUCGACUUUUCCGCCGGGCCCAUCUCUCGCCGGAGUUUGGCCACUAAGGGAUAUGACAAAUGCACGGAAGAAGAGGGGAAGGUUGCGUUUGUUACAGCAUACGGGAUACACCAGCUCCACAUCUUCAUCUUUGUCUUAGCCAUUUUCCAUGUGCUCUACGGCAUUACGACUUUGGCUCUCGGCACCUUUAAGAUGAGAAAGUGGAAAGUGUGGGAAAAUGAGACAAAGACAACUGAAUACCAAUUCUACAAUGAUCCAGAGAGGUUCAGGUUCGCAAGAGAUACAUCAUUCGGGAGAAGACACUUGAGCUUUUGGAGCCGCUCACCAAUUUCCCUCUGGAUUGUGUGCUUCUUCAGACAAUUCCUUGGAUCAGUCACAAAGGUUGAUUACAUGGUACUGAGGCAUGGCUUUAUCAUGGCGCAUUUAGCACCCGAAAAUGCACCCAGCUUUGACUUCCAGAAUUACAUCUCCAGGUCACUCGACGAGGAUUUCAAAGUGGUUGUUGGGAUAAGUCCUACUAUAUGGUUCACUGCAGUGUUGUUCCUGCUGUCCAAUACACAUGGAUGGUACUCUUACAUGUGGUUGCCAUUCAUUUCUUUGAUAAUAAUACUGAUGGUAGGAACCAAGCUACAAGUCAUUAUCACAGAAAUGGGACUAAGAAUUCAAGAGAGAGGGGAUGUGGUCAAGGGUACACCACUGGUUCAGCCAGGCGACGAGCUUUUCUGGUUCGGUCGGCCACGCUUCAUCCUCUUUUUAAUUCACUUUGUCCUAUUUCAGAAUGCUUUUCAACUAGCUUUCUUCGCCUGGAGCACAUGGCAAUUCAAGGUGCAGAAUUGCUUCCACUACAAGCCUGAAGAAAUCAUCAUCAGAAUUGCAAUGGGGGUCAUCAUACAGAUUUUGUGCAGUUAUGUGACCUUGCCACUCUACGCCUUAGUAACCCAGAUGGGAUCCACCAUGAAACCCACCAUCUUCCAUGAUCGAGUGGCAACAGCAUUGAGGCACUGGCACCAUGGUGCAAGGAGGCAUGUCAGGCACAGCCAACACUCAAAUAACCCAACACCCUCUGGAACCGCACCAGCAACUCCAGAGCAUGGCUCGUCACCUAUCCAUCUCCUGCACCACUGCCGACAGAGGAGCCUCGAUAGCCCUGUCACUUCUCCAAGGAAAUCUGAUGGUGAAAAUGAACAGUGGGCAGUCAUAGGCUUGCAAUCCCCACAGAACCAGGGAAUUGAUAGCAGGCAUUUGGAUACCACAGGACAAGAGGGAUCGACCCAACAACCAAACUCGACUAGUAAUCAACAUGAAAUCGACAUAACACUAUCUGAUUUCUCAUUUCAGAAGCAUUCUUAGUGGUGUUGAUUGAUAGUUAGCUGCAAUGCAUCUUACUCAGAGGUUUGUACACAUUUGUACAUGAGAGCUACCGUGAAAGGAUGUUUAAAAAAUACGUCAAGUGGAUACGCCACGGUUAAUCAUUCUGUAAGAGUUCAUUGAUUAUACAUUUGUAGUUUCUAUACUGAUUCUGUCAGAAAAAUUAUGUGCGACUUUGGGAGCAUUCUUCUC